UUCAUCUGAAUGACGUAAACGAACUGAAAUAAAAUGGCAGGUGUUUUAUUCUCUCGAGCCAGGACUGAUGCCUCUGGUUUGUACGAGACCUUAGUCUACAUAUUAGAAAGCAAACAAACGAUUGUUAACUUUGAAAUUUGAGCCAAAUUUGAAUGUCUCACUAUGGACAAAGAUGUGGUGUUGGAAGGCAUGUCCUCACUGCUUGGAGUACCAGUCUCUCGUGUGCCUAAGCGUGGCAGGCAUGGCGGCAGGAGACCGAGUCGGCCUGUUCUGCCGGUGCAGAAGUUCAUGUCCAGUAUGAUCGACCGCUCCUCUCUAGCAGGAGAGCUGCACAUCGACGAAGAGGAGUUCUUCGAUUCAAAGUACGAUUAUGACUUCCGCGACCUGACCGAUACCACUGCGUGCGUGAGGGGCAAUGAGCCCUACAAGCGGCCUGCAGGGUGGUACCGCGUUGCGCUGAGGGUACGGUGGAAGUACCCGGAUGGGAACACCUGGCUAGGCCCAGAGGGGUGGCGAAGUCGCUCGGCGUGGGGCGAAUGGCCUGUGUCCUUCCACGGCACCUCCAUCGACGGGGCGAAGGGCAUCAUCCAGGAGGGGUACAGAGCAGGAGACGGGAACUACGGCAGGGGGGUCUACUCCACGCCUGAUAUCGAAAUGGCAGAGGACUACGCCGCCAUCUUCACGUCAAAAAAGACCGGCCAGACAUACAAGGUGGUGGUUCUGCAGAACAGAGUCAACCGGAGGUACCGGGAGAUCUGCGAGCGACCGGACUACUGGUUGGUACCGGUUCCAGAGGGCACGUCGCCAGAGGAGGAGAGGGACAUUGUGGGCAGAGCCAUUCGCCCCUACGGCCUCCUGUUUAAAGAGGUCCAGUGACUGGGUCGUCAACAGGGCUACACUGGGACCAAAUAAUAGGCCUUGACAUUUCUGCAUGACCCCCCUCUAAAUUGAGGGAGCCAGUCUGUAAAAAAAUGCAACA